AAGCCAUCCAAAGGGGCAAAAAGUCCUUUCAUUUCGCUCAUUGAAUUUCUUGCUUAACAAGCACACGUUGUUUAAGAAGGGAAAACAAACAGCCCUUGGAUCUUAGCUGAUUAGCACGACAAACAGACUUCAAAGCGAUGGCCAAGAGCUCCUUCAAGUUGGAACACCCCCUGGAAAGGAGGCAGGCUGAAUCAGCCCGUAUUAGGGAGAAGUAUCCUGAUAGAAUACCAGUUAUUGUGGAGAGGGCUGAAAGAAGUGACAUACCUGACAUUGACAAAAAGAAAUACCUGGUUCCAGCUGAUUUGACUGUUGGCCAGUUUGUUUAUGUGGUUCGGAAGAGAAUUAAGCUCAGUGCUGAGAAGGCUAUAUUCAUCUUUGUCAAGAAUGUUUUGCCGCCCACAGCUGCCAUGAUGUCAGCAAUUUACGAGGAAAACAAAGAUGAGGAUGGAUUCCUGUACAUGACCUAUAGUGGUGAGAACACCUUUGGGGCAUCAGUCAAGGGGUACUCAUGCUGAAAUCAGGCAAGCUAAAAAGUUUGAGAUGACAGUGAACAUAUGUAAAUUCUUGGCUUUCUGUACUUACCAUGGACAAACCAUGUUUAAACUCAGGAUACUGCUCCUUACAGCCUGGAUACAAGACUGCUAUUUAACUUAAAUGCUUGUGAUUUCUAUGAAUCUAGACGAGCAAAUUAAAUUA